ACAACGCAUGCGCAUGAUCUUUCGUUUGUUUGAAGGCGCGGGUCGUUUGGGUGUAAAUGGAAGUUGAACAUGAUGAUGGAUGCGGUGAAAGGGAAGAGGAAAUGACAGAUGAGAAGCCGGAAACAGGAAAAGGUCGGGAUGUUGAUGGUUGUGACGUGAUAAGAUCAGAAGAGUUUUAUGAGGAGAUUGAAGGCGAAGAAAACGACGGAAAAGAGAGAACGAGAGAUGAGGAGGGAAAUGAGGAAACAGUGGAUAUUGAGAGUCUUUCAUCUGUCUCUAUUGAUGACGAUGAUGAUGAUGAUGAUGAUGAGUUUGAGGACGCUGAAGACGGCAGAACAGAGAGCGACAGAGAAGAAGGAAAAGACACAAACAGCAGACAAACUGAUGAAGAAAGAUCAGAAAACAAUCAAGAAAAUUACGAAGAAAGAAAUGAGGAUGAAGAUAGGGAGGAGGAGGAGGAGGAGGAGGAGGCAGACGGAAAAGAUGGAGAGAGAGACGAGGAGAGAUUAGAGACUGUUGAUAAGGAAAUGGAUGGAGAGAGAGAUGAGGAGACACUAGAGACUGUUGACAAGGAAGUGGAUGGAGAGAGAGACAAGGAGGAUGAAGAUGUGGAGGACGAGGUAGAAGGACAGACGGAGGAGAGAGUGGAGGGUGGGGAAGGUGAGGAGCAAGAUGAGAAUGUGGAGGGUGAAGAGAACUGUGAAGGAGAGGGAAAUGAGGAUGAUGUGAGAGGUAAUGAGGUUGAGGAGGAACAAAAUAUUGAUGAAAGAGAGUCAGACGUUAACAGUGAGACACAAGACAAUGAUGAGAAGCAAGAGCCGGAAGAGAACGUAAAGACAGAAAGAGUCAAGAAGGAUCCAUCAAUAGUCCCAAGACGUUCAAGUUUUUUCUUGCACGACAACAGAUUUCUUGAUGAGGACGACCCUCUAAGACAACCGGCAGAAGAAGAUACAAGACAACGUAAGCAGAGAGGUCAAUAUGAUGACGAGGAUAGAAGUGGAAUUGACGAGACAUGGGCACACGAUUUGUAUAAGGAAGAAGAACAGAAACCGAAACAGCCAUGGGAAAAAGCAGAUUAUGGCGAGAGACGAGAGAGUCAUCACUUCAGACGAGAGCAACAUCAAUAUAGAGGAAACAGUAGGAACAGAUAUGGUCAAGGAGGCUACCAACGUGGAGAGAGGAGAAGCCAACAGGACAAAUAUUAUGUCUCAGAUGCGGGUGAAGAACAUGGUGAUCACCAACGAUAUGAAAGAAGACGUCGACAACAACCAGAAUCCGACGACGAUGACACAACAGAUAGAGAUCAAACCUCAAAACCAUCCACUCACCAACGACCAGACAACCGACGAAGCAACGAACAUCCCAAACCAUCGAGAGUCACAAGAAACAACUCAAACGACCAAGAACGAUCCUACAGACAGCGACACCGAAUCCACGAUAAUCCGCAUCAACAGACAUUCAAUGAGCGAGACAAACGACAACAGAACAACACCAAACAAGUAAGACAAAACGAAAGAGACAGAGACGCAUACAACCGACACGACAGGACGGAUAGAACGAAGCAACACACACAGAAACCUCCCGAAAAUCGUCACACAGUCAAUCAGUGGGAAGGACAGGAACGUUUCAAGGAGAUCGUUAGUAGUCGAGGACGAGGACAACGAAGUCAACAACCACGUCAACCCGGUGUGUCCCCCAGCAGCAUCUCUGUCACCCCCAGUGGACACAUAACAAUCCGACCGACUCCCAGCAGGAGAAAACAAACGAACAACGAAGCAACACCCGACGAGAAAUGGUCCAACGAGCAGCAGCGACAACAACAAAGGAAAAACAUCGAGGCUACACAGCCGCCUCCGUCCGCUGUCCUUCGACAACUCGCUCAACGUCCGGUCUUUAACUCGUCCUUGUCCUCGUCCUCCAGUGAGUCAACACAAUCGGGUUCUCGACCGACGAAAGUACGCGGACGAGGCAUAACGUUCGGUCGUGUACAACUUGUGGAUCCGCUGCCGAUCGCCGCAGUCGAAGCCGGACCGAAACGAUACUCGAUGCAACGAGCCCGCAGUGGCCACGCCCAUGCAGUGAAGGAACCCUCUCAGUCUACUCCGAUGUCUCACGACUCUCUCUCUGCUGUCGUAACGAGCGACUCUCUGCGAUCCGACGUCGCAACUGUCACACAGUCUGACGGCUCCCUCCAACCGGGUAACUUCCUUCCGUCUGUUGUUACCGACCGACAGCAGCAGGAAGAGUUACUGAGAUCGGCGAAUGGGCCACUGAUGGCGCCAGUUUCAUCUCACUCUGCUCAUUAUGCGGGUAAUCUGCCAUUGAAUAGCGUCAUCCCAGCGAGUGUGAUUCCUCCGUAUGCCGUCUUGGAGCCUCUCACGCCGACCGAGCAGUUUGUCAUACAAGAAUUCCGGCAACAGAUUCAGUGGAAGCAAGAACAGAAGAUGGCCGGUCAUGCGAUCGAGGAUGAUGACAGUGCGGCACAUUUGUCUGUGAGUAAUGCUCCAGUUAUGAGUGCCUACUCGGUGUAUCCACACGAGAUGGCUAUGCUGCCUCCCGGAGUGAUGGGAUCACCAGUUCCUGGACAUUACGUCGGUGGCGUGUUUUAUCCAUCUCAACAGUUUGAGUCUCGUUCGUCUGCGGUGAGAAUCACUCGACCCAAGACCGCUGUACCAAUCAUCAACCCUAAGGAUCAAGAGAAGUAGCAGGUCAAGAGAUUAAACUGCAUGAUAAAUAAUUACGAUGUCGUUUGUUAGACAUGAUAGUUAAAUGCAACUGAAUUAUUGUAAGGAUUUGGUUUAGUUCCAAGACUGUUGAAGACAGCAUUUUGCUGUGUGCUGGUUUGUUGUAUCAGCUUGUUUUCUUUCAAUUUGUUCUCAUCUGAA